GAGUAAGAACUGGGUUAAAGGGUUCUACGGAACUGAACUUCCUAUACCUAUUGUUCCUACACGGAAAGGCCUGAAGGACCAACCGGAAGUCCUGGUUCAAACGCCACACUGCGAGCAUCCUGGGGGCCGGAAGGAGGUGGAAACUCCUGCAUCCUACUGGAGUGCCCGCAGACGCGCGUGGCUGUUAUAGAGGCUUGUUGCUGGAGCGCGUGGCUCGUGCGCGGAAGUCAGAAGUGACCGAAAGCCAGACGUCGCUGUAGAAGCUGAGACCGCGAGCUAUGGUGGGGAGAUCCCGGCGGCGCGGAGCGGCCAAGUGGGCAGCUGUGCGAGCUAAGGCAGGUCGCGACCCAGCGGACGAAAAUGAUGACAAUUUGGAAUCUCCACCCUCACCAGCGGACUCCAGCUACUACCAAGAUAAGGUAGAUGAUUUCCAUGAGGCCCGAUCUCGGGCUGCCUUGGCUAAGGGAUGGAGCGAAGUGGAGAGUGGGGCCGAGGAGGAGGAUAGCGAUGAGGAGGAGGUUCUUGCCCUAGAUAUCGCCGAUGAGGACGAUGAAGAUGAAGAGAGUGCGGGGAAUGAGGAGGAGGAUGAUGAUGAUGGUGGGAGCUCCAUGCAGAGUGAGGCUGAGGCCUCGGUGGAUCCCAGUUUGUCGUGGGGUCAGAGGAAAAAACUUUACUACGACACGGACUAUGGUUCCAAGUCCCGAGGCCGGCAGAGUCAACAAGAAGUAGAGGAAGAGGAAAGAGAGGAGGAAGAGGAGGCACAGCUCAUUCAGCGGCGUUUAGCCCAAGCUCUGCAAGAGGAUGAUUUUGGAGUUACCUGGGUGGAGGCCUUUGCAAAACCAGUACCUCGGGUAAAUGAGGUUGAGACACGGGUCGUGAAGGAUUUGGCGAAAGUUUCAGUGAGAGAGAAGCUGAAGAUGCUGCGAAAGGAAUCGCCAGAGCUUUUGGAGCUGAUAGAUGACCUGAAAGUUAAGUUGACAGAGUUGAAGGAUGAGCUGGAGCCAUUGCUACAGUUGGUGGAGCAAAAGAUCAUUCCACCUGGAAAAGGAAGCCAAUACCUGAGGACCAAAUACAACCUCUAUUUGAACUACUGCUCCAACAUCAGUUUUUAUCUUAUCCUGAAAGCUAGGAGAGUCCCUGCACAUGGACAUCCUGUCAUAGAAAGGCUUGUUACCUACCGAAAUUUGAUCAACAAGCUGUCAUUUGUGGAUCAGAAGCUGUCCUCUGAGAUUCGUCAUCUGCUCACACUUAAAGAUGAUGCUGGAAAGGCAGAACUGAAUCUAAAAGAAAAAUCCACAAAGGCCAAGCCAAAAUCUGUUUCUGCUGUUGCUGCCUCCGCUGUUACAGACCUUUCUGAUGAUUCUGAUUUUGAUGAAGCUGCACUGAAAUACUAUAAAGAAAUAGAAGACGGACAAAAAUUGAAGAGAAAGAAAGAAGAUAGUACUGAAGAACAGGCUCUUGAAGUUCAAAAUGCAAAGAGAGCCAUUACUUAUCAGAUUGCUAAAAAUAGGGGGCUUACACCUAGGAGAAAGAAGAUUGAUCGGAAUCCCAGAGUGAAACACCGGGAGAAGUUCAGAAGAGCCAAAAUUCGCAGAAGAGGGCAGGUUCGUGAAGUUCGUAGAGAAGAGCAACGUUAUAGUGGUGAACUAUCUGGCAUUCGUGCAGGGGUUAAAAAGAGCAUUAAGCUUAAAUAAAGUUUUUGCUUGGCUUAAGUUUUUUGGCAAUAAUUUUGGAUCAAUAAAUUUUUAUUUUUAACUGGUGA